AUGCAGCUCAGAUCCGGAGGUUAUAAGGGACCCGUAAGAUGGCUACCAUCCUCGCCUUUUCAAAUGGCAGUUUCCAGCCAGGACAACCCCUUCCUUCCCCACAGCAGCCCCAGCUGGACUCAGAUCCUGUCUUUUCCUCAUGUCCAUAUUCACAAUGAAAACUCAGCCCUCUGGGCUGGACCAUGGUAUGGGUUUGAAAUCAGGAAAUCAGGAACAGCCCUUCGUGAAGUGACGGAGUCCUGUGAGUUCUUAGAUGGCCCUGAGCUGGGCUCCCCGGGUCGGUCACAGGGCCUGCCCUCUCCCCUGCCCCUGGGAAUGUGA